AUGGUAUGGUGUAUCACCAAAUUACGACCAUAUCUAUACGGACAAGAAUUCACGCUAAUCACCGAUCAUCAUCCAUUAUGUUGGCUAAAUAAGCAGUCAUCAAAAAAUGGACGCGCAGAUCGUUGGUCAUUGCAAUUACAAGAGUAUGCAUUUGCUAUUAAACAUACGCCUGGAUCAUCCAAUUGUGUUGCUGAUUGCUUAUCACGAUAUCCCAUUGAAAAACCAGACGAUGUCGUUGAGGAACAGUUGGAAAUUAUGCAUGGUCACAUUAACAGCAUACAACCUAUCACUUUGGGCAUAUCACCACCAUUUGAUUCAUCCAAAAUCCAAGAUCAACAACGACAGGAUCAAACAAUUAAACGCAUACACGACCAAUUGAUAAAUGGCAAACGACGAUCACCAUACACAUUGGAAAAUGGCAUUGUACGCCUUUUGGUGAGGUUUUGGGGCAUACGACAGUGCCCUAAGUGCGCCACAGUCACCGUGAAAACAGCAAACGGGGCAAACCUUCCCAAAAGGCACUUUUUUUCGCAGUGUACAUUCAUAACUUCCCAUGUACUUCACUCAAAAGUCGGUGAUUUUUAUAAUAAAAUCUUGACAAUAAAACUAAUCUAAAUGCAACUAUGUCAUUUUUCCUAAUUCAAUUUUUUUAAGUAAUGCACUAGCACUCAAUAUUAAA